AUGAAUGGUCUGCCGGGCAUACUUCACGUCACUUCAGUGGCAUUUGUGAUCUGUGGGCUCCUGGCCCUCGGAAAAUAUGUCUUAUACAGACACAUGCACUCCAAGUCCAUUGGACAGGGAUGUAUAAAGUUAUUGGGAAAACCAUAUUGGGUAGGGUUGUGGCUAUCCAAUCAAUUCCUGGAUUUCCGCAGUUUUUGCAUUACUAAUAGUCAUCACAACACUGAUCAUUGAAUACGAUAACAAUCUCUGGAUUCUGGACCCAAUCAUUUCAAUGAUGUUCUCUAU